GAUGGCAUUGUGGAGAUCUGUAAUGUGAAGGCGAGGUGGAGGAUGAGAGCAGCUCAGACUGGGACUCGGAUUAGACACACUGCAACCCGCUUGCACGGGGUUAUACAACUAGAGAUAAUAAUAGAGGAAGAGCACGGAAUACGGACAGCUUUUGGAUUAACUACGAAUCUGUUUUCUUUUUAAAACCGUGUUGUUGUUUUUUGUUUGCAUUUUUUUUUUUUAAUAUUAAUUGUGUUCUAUUUUAUUUCAUUACAUUUUGUUAACAAAAGUGGCGUGAUAAUCGUAGAAAAAUGUCUCGUCGAGCAAGAAGAAACGGUUCGCCCACUUCAAGUAGUACUUCAUCUUCAGUCGGCAGUGGUGCAGGAGCUAGUAGCACCAUUAGUAGUAACGCUGGUGGUGGAGGAGGGGGCACUGCUGGGUGUGCGGGAAUGGGGACGGUUAGCCGUUUGCUUCCCAUGAAGGCGACAGUUCCUUUCCAACUGAAGCCGCAACAGCAGGCGCAGCCAACCCAGCAGCAACAACAAGGCAGCAGCCCCACGCGCAACAACACCACCAACAGCGGAGAGGCUGGCACGCGCACGUCCUCGCGCAACAGCAGAAGCCCCACUCGUGGUGCCAACAACUCCUCCUCCUCCUCCUCGUGCAGCAGCCCCACAGUGGGCACGCAGACUGUGACGUCUUCGCGCAACAGCCCCACGCGAAGCUCGAGUGGAGGGGGUGGGUCCACUUCUCGAGGCAGCCCAACGCAGCACGCGACGUCAGGGUCCACUCGGGGUAGCCCUACGCGACAACAACAACAACAACAACAACAACAACAACAAACGUCACAGCAGCAAUACAAUAAUAAUUCAGCUUUGCAUUCCGUUCAGCCACAAGGCUCCCCUUGCUCUUCGCCCACCCAAUUACUGUGGGUCCCGGAUACGCUGCUGUCAGCAUCAGCGGUAUUGGCUCCUUCAUCCUCCUCAUCAUCUUCAACCUCAUCAUUGCCUUCAUCAUCCGGUGGAAGAGUAAGACAUCACAGGAGGUCUCCCGAACACAAAAGCUCCCCCGAGAGGAAAAGCCCCAGCUCGCCAGGGUGCAAAGAAAGACCACGGCAGCCUUCUGACAGUUCCUCCAAUAAUAAUAUCCGCCGCACCUCCUCUCUGGACACCCUCGCUGCCCCCUACCUCUCCGGACACUGGCCGCGGGACAGCCAGGGGCAGUGCGCACCCUGCAUGAGGGACAAAGCCACACAGACUCCCAGCGCCUGGGCAGAAGAAUGUUCCGAAAAGAAGAAAGGCUCUCACAAGCGCUCGGCAUCCUGGGGAAGCACCGACCAGCUUAAAGAGAUUGCAAAGUUGCGUCAGCAACUUCAGCGUAGCAAACACAGCAGCCGACACCACCGCGACAAAGACCGUCAGUCUCCUUUCCAUGGCAACCACACGGCUAUCAACCAAUCGCAGGCUCCCAUUCCAAAGAGCGUUCUGAUCCCGAUCCCAGUUUCCAAGUCAACGGUGUCGAGAUUCAGGAACAGCGUGGAGGGCCUCAACCAGGAGAUUGAGCGCAUCAUCAUCAAGGAGACUGGGGACAAGGAUGAGCAGCUCAUUCCCCAGGACAUCCCGGAUGGGCACCGGGCCCCGCCCCCCUUGCCACAGCGCAGCAUCGACACGCAGACCCCCUCCGGGGUGGACAGGAGCAGCAACAGCAGCAGCCGCUCACAGUCCAUCUCACCCACCUUCUUCACCAUCUCCAACGAGGGCAGCGAGGAGAGCCCCUGCUCCGCUGACGACCUGCUCACCGACGGCAGGGAGAAAGACUGUGGAAACAGUUCCCCGCUACCCAAGUACGCCUCAUCCCCAAAGCCGAACAACAGCUACAUGUUCAAACGGGAACCUCCGGAGGGCUGUGAAAGGGUAAAGGUCUUUGAAGAAACACUGCCCAGGCAGCUACACGAGAUUCCUCCAUUCUACUGUCCAGACAAAAACAAAGUGAACUUCAUCCCCAAGAGUGGCUCUGCCUUCUGCCUGGUGAGCAUCCUCAAACCCCUCCUGCCCACACAGGACUUGACAUUCAAGGGCUCCGGCCACGGCCUGAUCCCCGCAGGCAUCAUCCCCACUGUGAUGCAGCCCAUUCCCCUGGCAACUUUGCCAAGCAAUGGGGAGCAGGAGCGCUUCUCCCGCGGGACCAGCACAGCCAGCCAGAAGCCUUUGCUCCCCAGGCACAUCGAGGAGCCAGAGAGCUAAAAUACAGUACCCCCAGCAGGCAGAGCACCAGAACUACAUUUCAUCAGCAUCACCUCUCCUUUCUUAACAUGUUGCAUAUCACUUGACUGAAUGUCCUCCAUUUCCAGGCGCUGAUACCUGAGGAUUCUUUUCUUUUGUAACACGUACACUUGUUGGAAGAUACUAAGGAAGUAAUAAGUGGCUUUAAACCUAAUUGUGUGAUUUAAAAGUUUAACUGUCUUUCAACUGAAAUGCAUCAGUUCAGUGAGACCUUAAAGGAAAAAUAUUUGGGACCACUGUAUUCGUCCCAUCGUUAUAUAAGUAGGGCAUUCAUUGGAUCAGUUUGAAUUUGAUUUUGACCUACAUAUCCCAAAUCCUACACAAUUUAGUAACAUAGCCAAUGUAUUAGGAAGAAUGGUCUUCAUUUUGGAAAGAGAGUAAGGUAUUUGCUUUGCUGUGUAUGUUUCCUCAGUCCUGCAAUGGAUCAGCUGUCACUGCUGGGAACCAUAUAAUUUACUUAGUUGCUUUAAAACAGUAUAGAAUACCAUGAAUCAAAGUGGACUGUCUUCUAUCUUAUUGUCCUUUUGUAAAAAUGAAGUGGAUUGUUCAUGCUAAGACUGCUACUCUAAGCCAACUGCUUGUCUGUUUUUAAACUGCUUGUUGAUACCAAUUGAAUUGUUAAAGCACUCUUUUGAAUAAGUAUUUUUGGGGGGGAGAUCUGUCCCAUGAGAACAAACAUAAAGGUGACUCCAUGCAAACUACAUAUUUUUUAAAGUUGCUCACCAGCCACUACAGAAUCUGUUUUUGCAAGCUCUUUUGUAUGGUCUUAAUCGUAGGUUGAGCCACUGGUUAUUAAAAAAUCAGUCAGCAUUGUUUGCUGCCAUGAGAUAAUGAAACGGGAAACAAGAGAAGGAGUUUUGGACCUCAGAUUAGCCAACCAUUCAAAAAAAUUAAUUUUAAACAUUGUACCAGGUGACCAUAUCAAUUUUUCAAGUGUCAAGUAUGUCAGACUACUGGUUUAAAAAAAAAAAAAAAAAUUGUUUACCUAAAUAAAAUAAAAAAUGUUGCAGUUUA